AUGUUUGCCAGCAGAAGGAAGCAGCAUUACUGGGCUUACUCCAUGGACUGCAGUGGGAAUGAGGCUCACAUCUCCAGCUGCAAACUGGGGAACCACCUGGCCGUGGGGAAGAACGUGACGUGUGAGAACGGGCUGCCCGCCGUCGUCAGCUGCGUCCCCGGCCGGGCCUUCGCCCCCAGCAGCCACAGUGGCUUCCGAAAAGCCUUCAGGCAGGAGCAACCACUGGUGAGGCUGAAAGGAGGAGCCAACACAGGCGAGGGACGAGUGGAAGUGCUGAAAAACGGGGAGUGGGGGACGGUUUGUGACGACAACUGGAACCUGGUGUCGGCCAGCGUGGUGUGCCGGGAGCUGGGCUUUGGCAGCGCCAAGGAGGCCAUCACAGGAGCAAGGCUGGGCCAAGGGAUGGGCCCAAUCCACCUGAACGAGAUCGACUGCACAGGCUUUGAGAAGUCAGUCACUGACUGCAAGUUCAACGUGGAGUCCCAGGGCUGCAACCACGAGGAAGAUGCUGCUGUGAGGUGCAACGUCCCCGCCAUGGGCUUCCAGAACCAGCUGCGCCUGAGUGGAGGCCGCAACCCCUACGAGGGCAGGGUGGAGGUCCUGGCCGAGCGCAACGGCACCCUGAGGUGGGGCACGGUCUGCAGCGACAACUGGGGCACCGUGGAGGCCAUGGUGGUGUGCCGGCAGCUGGGGCUGGGCUUCGCCAGCCACGCCUUCCAGGAAACAUGGUACUGGCACGGGGACGUGAGUGCUGACAGCGUGGUCAUGAGCGGGGUCAAGUGCUCGGGGACGGAGAUGUCGCUGGCCCACUGCCGGCACGACGGAGCCCACGUGUCCUGCCCCAGGGGAGGGGGCAGGUUUGGAGCUGGGGUGUCCUGUUCAGAGACCGCCCCCGACCUGGUGCUGAACGCGGAGCUGGUGGAGCAGACUGCCUACCUGGAGGACAGGCCCAUGUUCAUGCUGCAGUGUGCCCUGGAGGAGAACUGCCUGGCCAGCUCUGCUGCCAACACCUCCAUCACCUCGGGGUACCGGCGCCUGCUGCGCUUCUCCUCCCAGAUCCACAACAACGGCCAGUCCGACUUCCGCCCCAAGAACGGCCGCCACGCCUGGGUCUGGCACGACUGCCACCGGCACUACCACAGCAUGGAGGUUUUCACCCACUACGACCUCCUGAACCUCAAUGGCACCAAGGUGGCCGAGGGACACAAAGCCAGUUUCUGCCUGGAGGACACAGAAUGUGAAGCAGAUGUGCAAAAGCAGUACGAGUGUGCCAAUUUUGGGGAGCAGGGGAUCACCGUGGGCUGCUGGGACGUGUAUCGGCACGACAUCGACUGCCAGUGGAUCGACAUCACCGACGUCCCACCCGGAGAUUACCUUUUCCAGGUUGUCAUCAACCCCAACUACGAAGUGGCUGAGUCAGAUUAUUCCAACAACGUGAUGAAGUGCCGGAGCCGCUACGACGGGCAGCGCAUCUGGAUGUACAGCUGCCACAUAGGUGGUUCCUUCAGCGAGGAAACGGAGCAGAAAUUCGACCACUUCAGCGGACUCACAAAUAACAGAGUGGCCACCCGGUAAUGGGACCCCCCUCCCCACUAUUUAAAGAAGGCAGGACUCCUGCCUUGCUCCUUCCCAAACCACUGCACCACCAGGAAAUCAAGGAAAGGAUCCAGCUCCGAAUCUCCAGGUGAAUUCUCUCCCGCAGACGCCUUCGCUCCCCGCCCCUCCUGCGGCCCCGGAGCCCCAAACCCUCCUUGGCUCCGUGUCCUCCCCCUUCCAACCUCCUCCAAAGGUUCCUCCCUCCACUCUGUGUCCCCUCACAGCCGCCUUGCCUUCGUUUGGGUGCCAACAACCCCAAAAAGUGGCUUCACCCUUCGCUCUCGAGGCCUUCAUUUGGCAUCUUUUAAGCUCUUUUCCACGCACCGAACGUUUGUGCUGCUGCUUCUUGCACAGCUUCUCCUCAGACUCCAGCUCAGCAAAGAAAUACAAGGAAAAGAAAGUGAAAAAAACCCAACACACACACACACACAAAAAAAA